AUGUCUUAUAAUAGCAAGAAGAGAAAUGGGAGCUUCAAACGUCGCGGUGGUGGGGAUUACUACUCACCGAAUAAGAGGCCUCACCAUCACAAUCAAACAUCCACUACAUCAAGGUAUAGCAGCUCAACUGGAGGCAGUGUAUCAUCUGCACAGCAGCAGUCACGGUUCCAAACCAACAGGGCGCCUCCCAGGGCGCCAAGACAGAUGUCUCGGUAUAAUAACGGGAAUCCACCAACGCUUCCACCACCGUCGGGACCCGCAGCUUUAAGAGUCCCAGCUACUAUUGUGACACAUACACAUUCAUUAGAGUCUAGUUAUGAGCGGAUAACUCAAGUAGGAGAGGGUACCUAUGGUAAAGUUUACAAAUGUCAAAAUAUAUAUACGAAUAAACUCGUUGCAUUAAAGAAACUUCGACUAGAAAGCGAGAGGGAUGGCUUCCCUAUAACAUCAAUCCGUGAGAUUAAGCUACUACAACAUUGCCAACAUGAAAAUGUUAGUACAAUUGCGGAGAUCAUGUGUGAGGGGCAGAAGACGGUAUACAUGAUCUUUGAAUAUGCAGAUAACGAUCUGAGUGGACUUUUGAUGAACAAAGAAAUCCGGUUUACGGAAGCCAAUUGUAAGCAUCUUUUCAGACAAUUGUUAAAGGGAAUGGAGUAUUUGCAUGAAAACCGGAUUUUACAUCGUGAUAUUAAGGGCUCUAACAUCUUAAUUGAUAACAAGGGCAAUUUACAAAUUACAGAUUUUGGGCUUGCUCGAAAGAUGAAACAAGAGCCUGAUUAUACGAACCGAGUAAUCACCCUAUGGUACAGGCCACCUGAGCUAUUACUGGGCACGACGAAGUACGGUACAGAGGUGGAUAUGUGGGGGUGUGGCUGUCUUCUAGUAGAAUUAUUCUUGAAAAAUGCCUUGUUCCAAGGCAUUAAUGAACUGGAACAAUUAAAAUGUAUUUUCCAGAUACUGGGCACCCCGACCCUGGAACAGUGGCCGACGUUGUUUGAAAUGCCCUGGUGGUUUAUGAUGAUGCCGCAACAGAAGGAACAGUACCCUAACAAGUUCGAUGAGCGAGUUGCUGGUGUGUUGCCGACACAAAACUGCAAAGAACUAGCCAAGGGUUUGCUGUUGUACGAUCAAAAGAAGCGAUUCUCCGCAACAGAAGCAUUGAAAAGUUUCUAUUUCCACGAGCUACCUAAACCAGAACCAUUAAAUUUAGGUGAUUUCGACGGUUGCCAUGAGUUUGAAGCUCGAAAACAGAGGCGUAAAGAACGUGAGGAAAGCAAAAAGGCAGCUGCAGCUGCGGCUGCCAUCACAGCAUCUGCCCCGAAAAGAUCCACCUAG